CGAAACAAAGAAAGGGUUUAUCCAGGGUUCCAGUUAGCAUUCCAUUUGUCACUCUCCCUCUGUGCACGGAGCGCAUUGGUCACUGCUCUCUCACAGUGGCGACUUAGUCCCAUUCCCUUCCACUGCCAUGCACCGACUCACAGCCACUCCACGCCUCGAGCCAUGACCUCCCAACCCAAGACGCGCCUCUCCAGCUGUUACCGCCACCCAAACAUACCCGUCACCGGCUUCUGCGCCUUGUGCCUCAGCGAGCGACUCGCUUCCAUCGAACCCGCCACGCGCCAGGAAACUCACGCGCCGGGGAAGUGUGCUGCGGCUGUUAAGCUCCGCCGCUGCAAGUCUUACAAUGCCGAGGGAUUCUCGGUCACUGCCGCAGCCGCAGCCGCCGCAUCCGAGCCGCCGCGUCGUAAGUCCUGCGACGUUAGGGCUCGGAGCACGCUGUGGGACCUCUUCAAUCUAGACGACGAGCGGAAAGGGAAAGAUCCGAAUAGGACGCACGAUUUGGGAUUGGAGAACCUAGGGUUUGAACUGAGAGAAGACGAUGAGAACGAGAGCGAGAAUGAGGAUGAGAAUGAGAAUGAUCUUGGUGGAGAAGAAAUUAGGGUUGCUGAGCCGAAUGUAGAAGAGAAUGAGAUUGCGGAGGAAGAGAUAGAGUUCAAGACCAUGAAGGAGUUCAUAGAUCUCGAAUGGCGGAGCAAGAGGAGUGGAGGAAGGGACUUCAAGGACAUUGCCGGGAGCGUUUGGGAGGCGGCUUCGCUGUUCAGCAAGAAAUUGAGGAAAUGGGGGCAAAAACCGAAGAUAAAGAAGCACAACAAUGGUGGUGGUUUCGUGGAGGUUGAGAAGCGGAGUGAGAGGAGGCCUUGGAGGGACACGCAAUCGGAGAUUGGGAGAAGAUCUUGCGAUACGGAGCCAAGGCUAUCGGUCGAUGUGAGGCGGUACUCGUUCGACGAGCCGAGGGCUUCUUGGGACGGGUAUUUGAUAGGAAAGGCCUAUCCGAGGCUUGUUACGCCAAUGCUGUCUUUGGACGAAAGGAUGAGUCCUGGUGGAUCAGCUCAGACAAAGGAUUACUAUUCAGAAUCGAUGUCUACAUCGUUGCAAAGGCGGCGGAGGAGCUUUGAUCACUCCAAUUUGCAUAGAAAAGGGGGAGGAGCGGAGUUUGAUGAGUUGAAAUUGGUUUCCAAUGCGAAUGCGAAGGUGUCUCCAGCGAGCACAGAGUUAUUCUACGGUGCAAAGUUGUUGAUUGCAGAGGAGGAGGAAGAGGAUGUGAAGGAUACGAAUUCCAAGUGUGAGAAACAUGAUGGUUUGGAGCUUGUUGAAUCUGUUUCCAGAGAUGGUGAGGUUAAUCAGAAGGGUUUGAAGAAGUUGAACAAGUGGCGCAAAAUGCGGAGUAUUUUCGGUUUAAUACAGAGGCGAAGGGAUCGAAAAUGUGGGAAUGAAGAAGAAGAGGAUGUUGGAGGAAAUGUGGGUGAUCGGCCAUUUGGUGAGUCUUGGCAGAAGAUGAGGAGGGUGGCCGAUGGAGAAGCAAAUGGGUCUGUGAGCCAGAAGCUUAUCCGCAGCUAUAGUGUUAGCUGUAGGAGCUCCGGCAACAUGGCCGGAUUGUUCAAUAAUAUGAGUGGUGUUGAGACCAAAGGCAAUUGUCUGAGGAGAAGAGAAGACCGGAGCGCGGGAUAUUCACCAAACAACAUUGAUAAUGGCCUGUUGAGAUUCUAUUUGACGCCAUUGAGGAGCUAUAGGAGAAGCAAAUCUGGAAAGAGUAAGCUAAGGAGGUCACAUUCCAUAGCCAGGACUGUCUUGUAAAGGUGCAUCAUCAACUGCUCUUCUAAGACAUAUCUUGUUGUAAAGACAUAUAUAUAUAAAUGUGUUUGUUCUUGUUCUUCGGAUAAAAGCACAUGAUAUAUUGUUAUCUUUCCUCUGCUGAACAUGUUAUUCUAAUAAUGCCAGUGGUAGAAUCAGAACACCGAGCGCUUUUAUUUCUGUCACUGUUUAUGAUAAUGAGAAUUGAUAUGGCAAUGUAGCUUAGCAUAUGGCAGUUAUAGAAA